CGAUAACGCUGCUCAUUUGAUAAUAAGAAUCCAUCGAGCCAUGGCGUACAUGUACGUGGUGUUAGCGGCGGCCGCGUGCUACCUGCUAUACCACUACGUGACGAGGACCUUCGGCUAUUGGAAGAAGCGUCGUGUCAAUGGACCGCCACCCGUACCGUUGUUCGGCAGCCUGCAGGCCUCCGUACUGCGCAAACAGAACACCGCCGUCGUCUUCCGCGACAUCUACAAGCAGUUCCCCAACGACAAAAUAGUCGGCAUGUAUCGCAUGACGACGCCCUGCCUCCUCGUUCGGGACCUCGACAUCGCCAAGACCAUCCUCAUUAAGGACUUCGAUUGCUUCUCGGACCGCGGCGUGUCCUUUAGCGAGCGCGGCCUCGGCAACAAUCUGUUCCACGCUGACACUCAUAUAUGGCGCGUCCUGCGCAACCGCUUCACGCCCAUCUUCACCUCCACAAAGCUCAAGAAUAUGGUGUACCUGAUGGAGCAGAGCGGGGAUAGGUUCGUGGAGUUCCUGCGACAGCAGUGCGCGCAGCGGCAGGAGCAGGAGCUUCACGCGCUCAUCCAGCGCUACACUGUGGCCACUAUCUCAGCGUGCGCGUUCGGCCUCGACUUCGACACCAUCACCGACAAGAUACACGUGCUGCAGAAACUGGACAACAUCAUCUUCUCGCCGUCGUUCAUCGACGAGGUGGACAUGAUGUACCCGGGCAUUCUAAAAAAGCUCAACUUGGACAUCUUUCCGAAGGAGAUAUCGGAUUUCUUCGACUCGCUGGUUACGACGGUGGUGACGCAGAGGAACGGCAAGCCGACCAAUAGAAAGGACUUCAUGGACCUCAUCCUGGAGCUGCGGCAGCAAGGCGAGAUCCACGGCAGCAAACGAUCGGAAGAUGAACAAGAGCGCAAGCUGGAUUUGACGGACGACAUUAUCGCCGCCCAGGCGUUCGUGUUCUACGCAGGCGGGUACGAGACUAGCGCUAGCACCAUGUCGUUCAUGCUGUACGAGAUGGCGCGCAACCCCGACCUGCAGGACAGGGUCAUACAGGAGGUGGACGAUGUGAUGAGGAAGUACGACGGCAAACUGACGUUCGAGGCGCUCAACGAGCUCAAGUAUAUGGAGCAGGUGUUUGACGAGACCCUGCGCCUGUAUCCCAUCGUGGACCCGCUGCAGCGGCGCGCGCAGAAGGACUACCAGAUCCCCGGCACCGACGUGACGGUGGAAGCAGGUCAGAUGGUGUUCGUGACGGCGGCCGGCAUACAUCGCGACGAGCGGUACUACCCCGACCCCGAGAGGUUCGACCCGGAGAGAUUUUCCCCAGAAAACUCGAGCAACAGACAUCCAUGUGCCUACCUGCCCUUCGGAGUCGGACCCAGGAAUUGUAUCGGGAUGCGAUUUUCUAAAAUCCAAUCAAGAAUGUGUAUGGCAAAGUUCUUUUCUUCGUUCCGUGUGUCGGCGACGCGCGAGACGCUGCGCGGGCUGCGCUUCGUGCCGCGGAGGUUCAUCCUCGGCUCCGACAACAUAAAGCUCAACAUUAUACCCAGAAAAUUAUAAAUAACCAAAUAUGUUAUUAUUGUAAACUGUUAAGUUUGUUUUAAUAAAGUUUUU